ACAUUGUUCUAGGUUUACCCCUCAACUACUAUAACCGCCAGACUCACCACACAGACUCAGACAACCAGUCGUUUUCAGUUUUUACGCAAGAAAGACGUUCCCUUUCUAUUGUACUUAUCAGCCGUUCGGCCUUUUAGGGGACGUUCAUUGUUAUUUGUUGGCUUGUUGCACCUUUCCUUCAUUUCAAUUUUUCUACUCCAUCAGUACGGUUGUACUACAAUACGUAUUUUUAGAUUUAAGGUUUUCAAUCCUUCAUAUAAUCACAAACCAUUAUAAUACGUUAAUAUUAAUUUCAGUUUUCAUUUAACUUAUCAUAUAUCUAAUUAAUAAUGUUUAUGAAAGGCAAAAUCAAGAGAUUCUACGAAGUUUCAAGUAAGAUACCUACUUUAAUAGGUUACAUUUACUUAAUAGAAUUAGAAUAAAUUACUGCUAAGUUUUAAAUAUAUUGUUACACAUAACUAAUGAAUGAAUUUAUAUGAUUAAAUUUACCAUAAACUAUUAAAAUGUCAUAAUCAAGAAAAAAAAUUAAAAUAUUCAGAGUAAUAUCACCUUGGCGAUGAUUGACAAAUAUUAAAAAUGUAAUUGUAGUCAACAUUUUAAGAUUAGAUGCAAUAAGGGCAGUGGCGUAGCCAGGAUUUAUCUUUUAGAGCGAUAGGAGUUUAUAACUUUCUUAACCUUAUAUAUAACUAAAAAUAAGAAUCAAAGAAAGGUGAGGUUUACAACAGGGGCAUAACUAUUGGGGGCAAAAGAAUUCUCAAGAUAAAUUUAACACAUCCUGGGACUUAUGAAGAAGUAUUAGAAAGAAUAUAAAAAAGAAAAAUUCUUUGAAAUGAAGAAAAGAAGAUAUUGAAUUUAAAUGAUGUACCAAGACUAAUUUUAAUGAAGAAAUUGAGAGGAAGGUAUGAAACGGGAUAUAGGCAAACUCAAUUGUUGUGUUUGACUUAUAAUUUCAUAGAAGGUAUGAUGUAUGAUUUGUAAAGAUCGCACCAAUUAAGGUGUCAUUUAGUCACAAAGGGUAAAUAUUUAUUUUAAGAACCAAAUAGAAUGAUUGGAUUUUAUUUUAUUUUCCUAUAAAUAAUGUUAACGUCUAAUACUGUAAUUGCUUUCUGUAAUAAUAACACAAUAUUAUGUCACAAUGACAUUUAAGUGUAUAUGUACCUGCAUUUUCAAAAGAAUGAGGAUUUUUUAUGAAGUUUUUAGUUAUAUUGUUUAAUAUGUUGAUUUAUUUAUUUAUGACUUAUGGGUUUCAAUAAGUGCCUUUUCAUCUGAAAUUUGCAUGUAAAAUUAUAAAACCAAUAAUAUUAUUAACUACAAAAUAUACAGUCCAUAUAUUAAAGCAUAUUAUAGAUAUGUUGUUGACACAUUAUUUUAUUUAGACGUUCAAAUAAACAAGCAGAAAAUUUAGACAAUUACUUAAACAAAAUGAAUAAAAACAUUCAAUUUACACUUGAAAUAUAAAUAAAUAAUAAAUUAAAUUAAAUCUUACAGUUUCCAUAAUUAACAAUAAAUUUAGUUUUAGUAUUUACAGACCUUCAUAAACUGAUGCUAUAAUACCAUAUGAUUCUAAUCACCUUUAUUUUCAAAAAAUAUCAUUUUUUUUAUUCAAUAUUCUUUAGGCUUGAACAUAUUUUAUUAAAUGUUUAUUUACACAUUUAUCAACAUGAGCUCAAUAUUAUCUAUAAUAUAGCCCAUAGAAAUAAUUUUAAUCCAUAUAUCAUUAAAAAAUUGCAAAAAAUAAAUAUAUUUAAGAAAAAAUAAUAUGUAUAACGAAUUCGCUAAAAUUCUGAACAAUAAUCCAAAUAAUGUAAAAAUUACUUUUAAAACUAAUAAUAAUUUAAUUAAACAUAUAAACAAUAAAACUAGAAAUUUCACAACAAAUCCCGGUUCUUUUGAAAAUGCUGGUAUAUAUAAACUUAAAUGUAACAGUAAUACAUUUUUUUUAGUUAAGACAAAUAGAAAUUUUAAAAUAAUAUAUAAAUAACAAAUUAACGAAAUAAAAUUUAAAAAGACUGCCCUUAAUUCAAAUUUUGCUAAACAAGUUUUAGAAAAUAACCAUAAUAUAAACUUUGAUAUUAAUACAGACUUAGAGAUAUUAAAUACCAUAAAUAACAUUUAUAUUAAUUCAGUUUUACUGAUUAUUUAAAAUAAUAUUUUAUAUAAAUACAUUUUAGAUAUUAAAUAAUUUCUCCUAUUAAAAUAUAUUUUUUCUUUGUAUUCCUUCAUUUAAUUUUUAUAUUUAGCCAUGUUUUACAUUUUGACUGUGAUAUACCUUAUGAUGAAUUUUUAAUUCGAAAACCAGUCUAUAAUACUCUAGACGACGCAUAUAUUAAUUUAUAUAUUUAUCAAAAACUAUAUAAUAAACCCUAAAUACGUAUCAAAUACUAAUCAUUGUAAAAUAAUUAUGUUGAAUAAUUUUAGCUUGUGCACCACCACCUGGAACAUAUGAUCCAAAAAGUCCUGGACCAAAAACAUUAAAAGGGGCUGUAUUUGACAAGGCAGAAAGAUUCAAAGAACCUGCUGUUCCAAAAGUUAGUAAAAUAUUAAUUUCUAUGUUAACUAUAAAUUAUAUAAAUAUUAAAUAGGUUAUGGUCAUUACUGAGUACUAAUUAAAAAUUAUAUAGAUCGAAUAUUUAGCUAAUGUUAUACAGGAUGAUUCACUCAACUAAGAAUAAUGAUUAUCUCGGAAAGUAUUAACUUUCGAAGUGUUUUUUUUUUUCUUGGAAAUUUUAAAUGAGAUGGUUGAUUUUGCAAUUUCUUCACCUGACACUUCUUUCCACUUUGUCUUAUGUUUUACAUCUUCGCCAAAGCCGCCGUUCUUUUGUACAAAGAAUCCUAGGUACUUAAAACUCUCAACCUCGUCUAUCACCUCACUGCUUAAAGUACUUUUCCUUCAAGUUCUAUCUGCCAAGCAUAUUCUUCAUGCUAACUUCCAGAUUUUCUCCUAUCAAAGCCUUAUCCAAUUUUCUGCAAACAUCAUGCACCAUGAUACCUUGUCUCAUCAGUUGUCCCUGCACACACCUGAGAUGAGACAAUCCGCCAACGUUUUGUUAAGAACUCCUGAUAAUAUUGUUUAGAAUUUUAGACAGUUGAGGUAUCAUGGUUUUUCUUUGAAUAACCCAAGAAAUACAUUGUAGCGAACAUAUUUGUAACUUUUUUUUUUAUUAGAAAAGAUAGUACCAUUGUAGGUUAUUUCAUUACUUGCAUGGUUUUUGUUAACAUAUUUCCAAUAGUCAAAAAGGUUAUUUUACUAAUGAAAAUUUAACAUAUUUAUUAUACAUUUAGUAAGAAAUUUUUUUCACAUAAACUUGAAACAAAUACUAAGUAACAAAAAUCUAAUAUAAUUUGAAACAUAAAAAUUAAAUUUAUAUUUAACUUGGUUUUUUUUCUUUUGAAAUAAAAUAUUUUUUAGAUCUCUAGUAAACCAUAGCAGAUAGGUAGAACACCAAAAAUUAGCAUUUUGUGUUAUAUUUAAUAUUAAUAAAAUAAAUAAAAUUUAUAUUUCAGAGUAUUUCUAAAACUGUCAAGGUUCACUCAACAUUCAAAAUUCCAUCAAAUUUCAGGUAUAGUGCGAUUAAUAUCAAUUAUCUUGGUGUAUUUUAUGAAUUAAUUUGUAUUUUAUUUUAUGUUUAGUUCACAAAGUUCAAUAAAUACAGAAUGUUCUAAAAAAUCUACCAAAACUAUAGAUUCUAUUUCAACAAAAAAUAGCUCAAAAAAAGUAAUUGCUAAACCCCAGGAUUUAAAGAAAUUGGAUUCUACUUUCACCAAAGCACUUGUAAAUAUUGACCAACUUGACAAUAAUAAAAAAAGUACUACUGAUACAUGUAUAGACUACAUCAACUCAUGUCACAGUGGUUACUUAGAAUCUAUGGAAAAUCGUGCAUGUCGAAUAGUUAUUGAAAAUUCGCAAGCUGCAUUAUAUGCAGUUUGUCAGCGUUUACUUGAUACAUGCACACACAAUGAAAUUUUGCAAAAUGAAAAUACACGUUUAAAAGAAGAAAUUUAUGAAAAAAAAAGCUUUGAACAAAUAGCUGCUGAACAAAUUGCCAUUGUUGAACAUAAUCUGAUGGAUAAAGUUAACGAUUAUGCAAAUAUUUCCGAGACAGUUAAAGAAAACUAUUUGGCCAAAAUUAGAUUUAUUAUGGUUACUUUAGAUGAGUUAGAAUCUAUGGUAGAAGAUGAAGUAAAAGAAAUUAUACAAAAACUAAAAUUGGAUCUUGAAAUCACAGAUCCAGAAUCGCAAAACUAUAAACAACUUUUGGAAAAAUAUGAAAAGUAAAUAUUUUUUAAUGAUUUAAUUUAUAUUUGUAUGUAAACUAAUUUAUUUUGUUAUUUAAGAGUUGUAAAAAGAAAUGUUCAACUUGAAGAAAUGAUUAAAAAGCAAGAAGAUUUAGAAACAAAAAUAAUAAAUUUGACUAAUGUAAGUUUAACAAAUAAUAUAUUUAAUUUUAAUCGACAACUUUAUAUAAAGUUCAUAUUUAGAUACAUUAUAUAAAUAGAAAAAUGUAUAACAACUAAUUUUGUUUUAAAAUUAUUAACAGAUUAACUGUUGCAUUUUCAAAAAUCUCUUAUUAGAAGUAGGAUACUAAAACACCAAUUCAUAAGCUCCUGAUAAAAAAGAAAAGUGCUUUUCUUUUUAAAAGACUAAUCAAGUUUUACUCCGAUUAAAAUAUUAAAUUUAAUUAAAUCAUUUGCUGUAGGGUUGACAUCAACAUCAUCAUUAAUUGCCGAGGUACAAAAAGUAGUUCUUUUGUUAGAUAAUAUACACUUUUACUUUAAUGAGGCGCCCAUAAAAUGAGUAUUUUUAAAUAUAUUCAAAAUAAAAACCAGAUAUACCUUUGAUGAUGGGUGGGCAACUGAUGUAGGCGAGAAGUUAGAGGAAUGUAGAGGAGAUAUUUAAUGUAUAUCUGAUCUGUAUGCAAAGAUUAAUCAUUGCUAAAGCAAAAAUGAUUCUGAGCAGAGUUCAGUUAUACAUAUUUUGAAAGGCCAUAAUAUUUACGAUUAAAAAAUAAUACAUUUUUGUUUUUCCCAUUUAUUAGGAAAAUCUAAAAAUGUCCUCUCAAUUUACGAUAUCAGGCAAAUUACCUUUCAAAAAAUGCUACACUUGAUGAAAGGUUAGAUUUCUGAUAGAAAAGUUGUUCACAAGAAAAAUAAUAUAUUAUAAAACUAAAACAAAUUAAUUUGGGACUAUCUAUUUUUUAGACUAGUCUUGUAGUCAUUCCUGGCAGAAUUUGUAUAGACAUAUUUACUAUGUUUAUAUUAGUUUGUAAAAUAUGCAUAUAUUAUAUUUAAUACUCCUGUUAUAUAUGUCACUGCUACGUAUUAGUUUAGUUUUUAAACAAUUUAAUUUAUAUUAUAAGAAAAACUAUUGGUUACUGUGUAUCUGUAAUAUAAAACCAAGUGCUUUCCAAAUGAGUGUUACUUUAAUUAAUAACAUAUAACAUUGAACAGACUCAUUUCAGGAAUUUUAUUUAAUAAUUUAAAACAAUUUCAGGAAAAAAACGCAUUAGCAGCAAAAAUACAAAAUAUAAAACCAAAGUCUACUAACUUAAUGAAGAACCGUUUGGAUGCCCUGGCUACACCUCGUAGACGUGCCGAUAUUGAAAAUAUUGCCCCCAAAGAUAAAACUUACAUACUCAAAAGUAAAACUGUAAAUGUAAAACCUAUUGCUCAAUCCUCUCCAUUAAGAGAAAUGAACAGAUAACUUAAAAGAAUUUAAACUUGCAAAUUUAUUUAUGUAUAUUUUUUUUAUUUUAGUGAUUUGUUCAUUAUUUAAGUAAUUUAUUAGUUAACAAUUGUAAUCCAUUAUUUAUUUUUUUACAUUACAAAAUAAAAGUAAAUAUUUGACUGAAAUGAUAACAUA